AUGCCCCAAAAUUCAGCCCAUUUGAACUUGUCUGGACUGAGAUCGAUUUUUGAGGGGGCCCCCUUAACUGAAGAUCAGUGGUAUGUUAAUAUUGAAUAUCAGGCUGACAAAUUUCAUAAUUAUAUAACAAUCUAUACAAUACCCUAUCCAUGUAAUGGCUAUACAUUACUAUCACAACGUGAACAAUUUCAGUUAUUGACAACGAAUCCAUCAACAACUACAAAUGACCUCUAUCAACGUGUACGCAUAUUAACGAUGCGGUCUAAAGGCACUCAUCAUUAUUUUUCUCAUAUUCAUACAUUACAAUGUCAACAGAAUUUAAAUUUAUCUUCUUUUCCAGUAGCAGUUGAAGAGAUUCUUCUUGAACAGGUCAGUCGAGUAAUACCGCAUAAAGUCAUUACUCUAAAGCCAAGGGAUAAAAUUUGGUUCUCGGAUGACCUUCGUGUCUUACAUAAAGAUAAAGUGAGAAUGUAUCGUAAAAUGAUUAGUAAACCUACAUUAGUAAACAAAAAUAACUACGAACAAGCUGUUGUCAAAUUUCGUAAAGCAUGUGUCCAGGCUAAAGUGGAGUUCUAUAAAAAAAUAAAUCAUAAAGUGUCCGUUUCGUCCAAAAAUUGGUGGUCGCUUGUUAAACAUACAAUGGGUCGUGAUCGUACGACAGCAAUUCCAGCAUUAAAAGAUAAAAAUGGAGAUGUCAGAGUAGAUGUUCAGAGCAAAGUUGAAAUUCUAAAUGCACAUUUUGCUAAUAUUUGUACAUGGAGUGGUUAUUCUAAUUUCUCUUCUGUUGCUGAUAAGUUACCACUAGCUUCGUCUCGUUUAAGCGUAUUUACUGCUACGUACAGAGAUGUCAGAAAAAUUUUACAGAGAUUGAAUUGUAACAAAUCAACAGCUCCAACAAUAACCAAUAGGAUGCUAAGAUAUCUUGAACCCUCUAUAACACAGUGCUUAACACAUCUCAUUCGCGUAUCAUUUAGCACGACAUCUUUUCCAGAUCACUGGAAAGGUGGCUAUGUGAAUGCUUUGUUCAAGUCAGGAGAUACGCUUGAUCCUACCAACUAUCGACCAAUAACGCUUUUGCCAGCAAUCUCGAAAGUAUGUGAGAGAAUUGUACAUCAACAAUUAUAUGACUACCUGAUGAAAAACAAACUGUUGUCUGUUUUUCAAUCAGGUUUUAUUAAGAAAAACUCAACAACUAAUCUUUUACCUGACGUAAUCCAUAAAAUAAAUGUAGGUAUGGAAAAAAGUAAGAUUGUUCGCGCAAGUCUCUUAGAUUUUCAAAAGGCAUUUGAUAAUGUAAAUCAUAAGGCACUGUUGCUGAAAUUAGAAAAAAAAGGUAUUCGAGGGAAAGCUCUCGAGUGGCUUGAGAAUUAUUUAUCUGGGAGAUCUAUAAGAACAAUUUUGGACGGUGUAA